GUUACUUCAAGUGCAUUUGACCAAUCGCAUUGGGGCUUACGUUUGGUAUCGGUCGGUGUUUAGAUAGCAACCAUCCGAAGGACUAGGGAAAUAUUUAGUGGCCUAGUCAACAUAGGGACAUUCUUAACUUAGGCGAGGAAAAAGAAAAAAAAAUGGCAACUGCUUUACGUCCAAACACAAGAUACCAGCCCCCUGACUGGUUUACCAACAACUACACCAUCUCCACAAAUGCUGAAAGGCAAAGAGAUGCUUCCCAUCAAGUCCGUCAGGAAAGUCGGUUCCUCAGAAACGAGACUGACAACCAGACAAAAUGGGAUCAACACUCUAACAAUGUCCGCCUGGCAGACAGAGUAGACAACAUCAGGCAAUGGAAAGAAAUCCUGGAGAAGACCUUGGCUGACAUUGACAAGGAGAUUGCAGAUUUAUCUGAUGCCAAGGAACUCACAGAACAGGCCCUGGAGGCCAAGAAUCUUCCUAUGGAUGUAGCCAUUGAGUGUCUGACUCUGAGAGAGGGACGCCAGGGCAUUGAUGUGGUACAGGAUGAGGCUGAAAAUCAGCUGCACAAGGAAGUAGAGGUCAUUGAGGGAAUCAAAAAAGCUCUUCAGCAGAAAGUUGGAGAUUCCUUUGAACAGCUGUGUCUUCUGCAAGAAGCCAGACAGCAACUCCAGGCUGACCUCCAGGACAAGAACAUUGCCCUGGGAAUAGAUGUUGAUCAGUACAAUCUCUCCGACAGGUCACCCGGCAUCAGCUUCAAACCAGACUCCCUGCGGGUACCAAAGGGAAGCACCACCCCUCAACAGUGGGAGGACUUCAGUCGGUACAACAAGGAGAGGGCCGAGGCCGAGAUGAAAGCUUCAACCUGUUUGAGGGAGGCCAUCCACCACACCCUGCAGCAGUGUGACAACGACCUAGAGGCCCAGAGAAUCGCCACCGAGUACGCCUACAGAAAGAGAAUCCAUGAGUUUGAGAGAGCCAAGGGCGAGCUGGAAUGGCAGAAGAAAAACACUGAGGAAGAAAUUGCCGAGUUAGAAAAUGACAUCAGAGGUAUUGAGGAGAAAAUCAGAGCCAAGAUUGCACCAAUGAAGCUUGCUCAAACUCGCCUGGAGAAUCGCACCUACAGGCCAAACGUUGAACUCUGUCGGGAUGCUCCUCAGUAUGGACUUACAGAUGAAGUCAAACAGUUGGAGGCCACAAAGAGAGCUCUGGAGGAGAAACUAAAACAGGCCAAGCAUGCCCUUGAUGGUUUGGAACAGAACCUUCACAGAAUAAAUGAUGAUCUUGCUCAGAAAAUUAAUUCUCUUAAUUUGGACAAUAAAUGUAUGGAUGUUCGUAAAAAACUUCAGAUUCGCCCACAGACUGCACUAGAGAGGAAUUUAACCCUUACUGGAAUUCAGAGGGAGAGGUCACACAUCUUGGCAUAAUUUUCUCCAAAACCUAGGGAAAAGAGUGCAUUUCAAUAUCAAACUGUGUCAAGCGUUUUACGAUAUCAGUAUUUUGAAAAACAAAUGUCAUAUGUGAUCAUGGAAUAAUGGAUCAAAGUUUUUAUAGUGUUAUAAUAUAUUAUGUUUUAAACUGAUUAUGGGAUAAAAGAAUUGAAGAUAUAAAGUUGAUCGAGUCAA